AUGGCAGCCAUACGCAUAGCACCGACCAGAGCAGUGAGAGCACUCAAUCUCUUGCGUGCGGUGGGCACACACGGGCCAGGAUGUCCAUGCCACAGCAACCCAGGACACCAUCACAAUCCUUUGAGCAUUACCCAGGGACGACGUGCUCUUGCAACGCCUGUCGACUACUCGCAACAGAAAGAGUAUGCUUUUGAGAUGGCAGCAUCGAGUAUCCGGUUUGGACCUGGCUGCACCAAGGAGGUUGGCAUGGAUUUCAAGAACAUGGGAGCCAAGAAAGUCAUGAUCGUGACCGAUGGUACUGUCUUACAUUUGACAGCCAUGAAGCAAGUUCAGGAAGGUCUUGACAGGGAAGGAAUCAAAUACGAGAUAUACAGCAAGUGUCGAGUCGAACCCAAGGACCACUCUAUCAAGGAAGCAAUCGCAUACGCCAAACCUUACGCUCCAGACGCCUUCCUCGCUGUUGGUGGUGGCUCAGUCAUUGACACCGCGAAGCUCAUGAAUCUGUAUACAUCGUUCCCUGAGGCCGACUUUCUGGAUUUCGUCAAUGCCCCUCUUGGAAAAGGACUGCCCAUCCAGGGCAAGCUGAAGCCGCUUGUUGCUGUACCCACAACAGCAGGAACUGGUUCAGAAACAACAGGUACAGCCAUCUUCGAUCUAGUGUCAAAGAAGGCAAAGACGGGUAUCGCACAUCGCAACUUGAAGCCAACGCUGGGCAUAUGCGAUCCCCUCAACACUCGUACCAUGCCUUCCGCUGUGCACGCCUCGAGCGGCUUAGACGUUCUUUGUCACUCUCUUGAAUCAUGGACAGCUAUUCCAUACCACGAACGUGUACCAAGACCUCGCAACCCAAUCGAGCGACCGGCAUACCAGGGUGCUAACCCCAUCUCGGAUAUUUUCAGUCUACAGGCAUUGAAAGACACUGUCAAGUAUUUGCCUAGAGCAGUCAAGGAUCCAGAUGACCAUGAAGCACAAAGCAAGAUGCUGUUGGCAGCAACUUUGGCAGGCGUCGGUUUCGGCAACGCGGGUGUCCAUCUGUGCCACGGCAUGAGUUACCCUGUCAGUGGCCAAAAUCCAGGCUACAAGCAUCAUGGCUAUGAGGUUGACCACCCGAUCAUCCCUCAUGGUGUCAGUGUCGCUGUUACCGCACCUGCUGUUUUCAAGUUUACUGGCGCAAGCAACCCAGAAAGACAUCUUGCGGCAGCAGAGUGCUUCGGUGUGGACAUCAGUCAGGUUAAGAGAGAAAGUGCUGGAGAAGUCUUGAGCGAGGCGCUGGCCAAAUUCUUGGUGGACUUGGGCGAUCAGCCUAGAGGUCUGAAGGAUUUGGGCUUUGGUAACAGCGAUGUGGAUCAAUUGGUGGAAGGAACCAUGCCACAGGCAAGAGUACUGAUGCUGGCACCCAAUCUGGACAUGCAGAAUGUGGAUGAGGAGAGGGCACAGCUGAGACAGCUCUUUGAGGACGCCAUGGAAUACUGA